UAGAAACGCGUGCAGGCCACAUGGGUUACAUCUCCCGCCACUAUAGCAUCAAUAUCGGAGCGCGAAUCAUCAAAGGUUGAACUCUAUUAUGUUAACUGUGGCUGAACACACAUUUUGCGCGUCGAGUGAUGUGUGAAAAACAUAAAAAAAUAUUAGACAAACUGGUCUAAUUGUGAAAAGUUUUCGUGUGUGAGUUUUUGUGUGGUAGCCGCCGAAAUGUCGCAAGGGAACAGAAAGGCGCAAUAUUUGGUGACUUUUGCUGUCUGCCUGGGGGCCGUGGCCACGGGCGUGUGUCUGUCAUGGACGACGCCGGUGCUGCCCAAGCUGAGAGACCAGGAGACCAGUAUGAACACCACCAAAGAGCAGAUAUCCUGGAUAGCAGCUACAGGGUCGCCUGGCUUCAUGACCGGCAGCCUGGUGUCCCGCUUCGUUUCCGACCGGUUUGGAAGGCGGGCCGCUAUCCUGGGGAGUGCUUUGCCAGUUAUCCUGGGAACAAUACUAGUGGUGGUCACCUCAAACGUAUGGUUGCUGUAUAUUAUUAGGUUUCUAUGGGGCAUAGGAGUUGGGAUGUUUGUGACUAUAUCAACAAUUUACCUCGCCGAGAUAUCAGACAAGGAAAUCCGAGGAGCUCUCUCUGUCAGCAGCCGAUUCAUGUUUAAUUUCGGAAAUUUCCUUGUCAUGGCCGUGGGGCCCUUCGUCAUGUACAAUACCCUGAACUAUAUGCUGCUAGCGUUGCCUAUCGCUUACUUCUUCGUCUGCUGGUUCAUUCCAGAAACCCCGUACUAUAGUUUGAAAGCGGGGAAAGUGGAUCAAGCGAGGAAAACCCUGAAGAUGCUCAGGAAUUUCAGAGAUGAGAAGGAAUUAGAAAAUGAACUAACUUUAAUGGGACAAGACGUCAAGAAAGAGACCCUACGCUCAGGGUCUCUGAAAGAACUGAUCACCGGCAAGCAGUACCGCAAGGCGGUAGUGAUAUGUGCUGGAAUAAAAAUAGCUCAGACGCUGUCGGGGUCGAUAGUCAUCCAGCAUUACCUAGGGCUUAUAGUGAAAGACAGCAAGAUACAAAUGGAGUUGUCUACGGCAUUCAUUAUCUUUGGCGCCGUUAGAUUUGUCUCUGCGGUCAUGUCCUCACUGCUAGCGGACAGACUGGGGCGGCGGCCGCUGCUCAUCUACUCCUUCGUCGGGACAGCCCUGUCUCUCGGGCUCGCCGCGGCCUACUUCUGCUGCCUCGAGGUCCUCCGCCUCGACGAAAAGAAGCUCGCCCCCUACGGAAUCAUCGCCUUCGUCGGAAUCGUCCUCUCAGUCAUCCUCUCCACUCUCGGCUUCAACUCCCUAAUCUAUCUACUCCCAGCCGAACUCUUCCCACUAAACGUCAAAACGGUCGCCAUGACCUCACUGAACAUUUUCGGCGGCCUCUCCAACUUCACAAUCAUCAAAGUGUACCAGCAAUUUACGGACUGGAUAGGGUUAUUCGGGGUGUUCACCAUUUUUGCCGCAGUCGCACUGGCCGGUGGGCUGUUCUCGUUCUUAAUUGUGCCCGAAACGAAAGGCAAAAGUUUGAGGGAAAUAUUGGUUUUGCUGCAAGGCACCGCUUACGAUGAGACCGCUGAAAACUUGAAUAAAGCGACCAUGGAAGUUGAUGUCAACGGAACCGGCGAAGCGACGGAGUUGCGGCCAGUUUCGCAGGACGCUCAGUCUAGUCAAUGAAUUUAUUUAAUUUAUUUAUGGAAUUUAAGUAGGAAAUUGAUGUGAAAGAUAAUGCGGUACGCCCGCAUACAGUAAUUUUUUUAGGCAGUUUAUUGAGGGAUUACUGGUAGCUCAAGGUCAAGAUAAGACUGAGCUUAGAACAGUUUUAUGUGUGUAGGUAAUUAAAUACCGUUAUUUAAUUUAAAACAUUAGUGGA